GCUGCCUUCGAAGCUGGCUUCGACUUCCUGGAGCUCCGGCGCUCGCCUGUGUCGCUGCCUGUCCUGUCCCAUCGCUGUGCCUCUCUGUUAGGAGGCUGUGUGCCAUAAAUCCGUAACCUCAUGGUUUUACCUGCUUACUUCUGAAGUUCUAGUUGCAGUUUGCUGUCUGCUGUGCUUCAUACAAGGUUUUCAUGGAUCUCAACAGUGCAAGCAGUAUUGUUUUGCAAGUCUUGACCCAAGCUACCAGUCAAGAUACUGUAGUGCUGAAGCCAGCUGAGGAACAACUGAAGCAGUGGGAGACACAGCCAGGCUUUUACUCUGUAUUGUUGAACAUCUUUACAAAUCAUGCCCUGGAUGUGAAUGUCAGAUGGUUAGCUGUAUUGUAUUUUAAAAAUGGAAUCGAUCGUUACUGGAGACGAGUUGCACCGCAUGCUCUUUCUGAAGAAGAAAAAACAACAUUGCGUGCUGGACUUAUUGCCAACUUUAAUGAACCAGUGAAUCAGAUAGCAACUCAGAUCUCUGUACUCAUUGCUAAAGUUGCCAGGGUGGACUGCCCAAGGCAAUGGCCAGAACUUAUACCCACACUUCUAGAAUCUGUGAAAGUCCAAGAUGACCUCCGACAGCACAGAGCGUUACUUACAUUUUAUCAUGUUACGAAGACCCUGGCUUCCAAACGACUUGCUGCAGACAGGAAACUUUUCUACGAUCUCGCAUCUGGUAUUUAUAGCUUUGCAUGUUCCUUGUGGAAUCAUCAUACAGAUACGUUCCUACAACAGGCUUGCACUGGGAAUGAAGCUGCUGCCUCAAAUUCAUUAGAAAGAACUUUGUUGUCAUUGAAAGUUCUUCGUAAACUAACAGUCCAUGGAUUUGUAGAACCUCAUCGAAAUGUAGAGGUGAUGGGUUUUCUACAUGCGCUGUUUGAACGGCUAAAACAGUUUCUGGAGUGCAGUAGAAAUAUACGGACGGGAAAUGUUUGCAGAGAUCGUCUAGAAAAGACUAUAAUUCUGUUCACUAAAGUGCUUUUGGACUUUCUGGAUCAACAUCCUUUUUCAUUUACACCGUUAAUUCAGAGAUCAUUGGAGUUUGCUGUGAGCUACGUUUUCACAGAGGCUGGUGAAGGAGUUGUAUUUGAGCGCUUUAUUGUACAGUGCAUGAAUCUCAUCAAGAUGAUUGUAAAAAACUAUGCUUACAAGCCAUCCAAAUAUAUUGAAGAUAGCAGCCCUGAAACUCUUGAAGCACAUAAGAUAAAGACAGCCUUUUUCACAUAUCCAACACUAAUGGAGAUAUGUAGGAGACUAGUCACUCACUAUUUUCUACUGACAGAGGAAGAAUUGACAAUGUGGGAAGAAGACCCAGAAGGCUUCACUGUAGAGGAGACAGGAGGAGAUUCUUGGAAGUACAGUCUCAGACCAUGCACGGAAGUUCUUUUUAUUGAUAUUUUCCAUGAAUAUAAUCAGACUCUUACUCCUGUACUUUUAGAAAUGGUUCACAGUCUGCAAGGAACCACCAACUUGGAAGAUACCAGUGCUAUACUGAUUAAAGAUGCUGUGUAUAAUGCAGUUGGACUGGCUGCCUAUGAACUAUUUGAUAGUGUGGAUUUCGAUCAGUGGUUUAAAAAUCAACUCCUAGCAGAACUUCAGGUUUCUCAUAACAGAUAUAAACCAAUACGUCGACGGGUAAUUUGGCUGAUUGGACAGUGGAUUUCAGUCAAAUUCAAAUCAGACUUGAGGCCUUUGUUGUAUGAGGCAAUUCGUAACUUGCUUCAAGACCAAGACUUAGUGGUCCGUAUUGAGACAGCUACAACACUGAAGUUAACCGUAGAUGACUUUGAAUUCAGAACUGACCAGUUCCUACCGUAUUUGGAAUCCAUGUUUACGCUGCUCUUUCAGCUUCUUCAGGAUGUAACAGAAUGUGACACGAAAAUGCAUGUCCUUCAUGUUCUGUCCUGUGUGAAUGAAAGAGUCAAUGUACAGAUACGGCCGUAUGUAGGAUGUUUGGUUCAGUAUUUACCUCUUCUUUGGAAACAGAGUGAGGAGCACAAUAUGUUACGGUGUGCUAUUCUAACUACCUUAAUCCAUCUUGUUCAGGGCCUGGGAGCAGAUAGCAAAAACCUCUAUCCUUUUCUGCUUCCGAUUAUUCAGCUAAGUACAGAUGUUUCCCAGCCUCCGCAUGUCUAUCUUCUGGAAGAUGGACUGGAGUUGUGGUUAGUGACAUUGGAGAAUAGCCCAUGUCUUACACCUGAGCUGCUGAGAAUAUUUCAGAACAUGUCAGCCCUUCUUGAACUGAGUUCAGAAAACCUCAAAAAUUGCUUUAAGAUCAUCAAUGCCUAUGUUUUCUUAUCAUCAACAGAGUUUUUACAGACAUAUGCUGUUGACUUGUGUCGAUCAUUUUGUGAACUCUUAAAGGAUGUAACUACUGAAGGUCAAGUUCAAGCUUUGAAGGUUGUGGAAAAUGUCCUAAAAGUAAAUCCUAUUUUGGGUCCUCAAAUGUUUCAGCCUCUUCUUCCAUCAGUAUUCAGGGGGAUUAUAGAUGGGGAGAGAUACCCAAUGCUGAUGUCUACUUAUCUGGGGGUCAUGGGUAGAGUUCUUCUACAAAAUGCAAGUUUUUUUUCAUUACUUUUGAACCAGAUGGCAUGUGAAUCAGGCCAGGAGUUGGGCCAUAUUCUUGGCAACAUGAUUGAAAUGUGGGUUGAUCGGAUGGAUAACAUCACUCAGCCAGAGAGAAGAAAACUGUCUGCGUUGGCACUGAUCUCACUUCUACCUUCGCUGAAUAGGGUGUGUCUGAUAGGAAGAAACUGUCUCCUUUCAAGAGAAAAAAGGAGAGAAAAGGGGAAAAGAUGGUUUAUCUUCACUGAAAAUUGCAGUGUUAUCCAAGAUAAAUUUUGUGGUAUCAUCCAUGUUACGCUGGAAGGUCUGUAUGAUGUUAUGACUGAAGAUCCUGAAACAGGAACUUACAAAGACUGCCUGCUGCUGUCUCAUUUUGAAGAACCCAAAGUUACAGAAGAUGAGGAGCCUCCCACAGAACAAGACAAAAGGAAAAAAUUGCUUGCCCUAAAGGACCCUGUACACACUGUGUCAUUGCAGCAGUUCGUCUAUGAGAAGCUAAAGGCACAGCAGGAACUGCUGGGAGAACAAGGCUUCCAUGCGCUUAUGGAGACAGUGGAUACAGAAGUAGUUGCACAGCUACAAGAAUUUUUACAAGGCUUCUAAAUAAAAUGAAAUAAAGAACCAAGGUUUUGUAUGUUCAACUUCCAAAAAAAUUUUAAAAAGUUCCAGCCAUCUCUUGUUUGAAAGAGCCUACUGAAAGCUGAAAAUAGUUUGUGUUAAAAAAGAAAAAGUUCUUUUGUUUCUCCACUGUAAGAUUGAUAGAAUAAAUGUAAAUUGGCUUCUGACUACA